CCAUCGCUGCCUCUUUUUACCGAACCGACCUUUCCUUUUUCGGCUGCUUGAGACCGCCGAGCCCUAGCGCAAAAUUCCCUCUCUCUCGCGACAUCGGAAGAAGAAAAAGGUAGAAGAUUCCACCCUUCCAACGAAUCCUUUUUAGCGUUCUCUUUUUGCAACUUCAGAUCGACUUCAAAGAAAAGCUAUGACCACGGAAGAGGAUUCGAUCGAUCAAGCGAGCAGCGCCCGCCGCGAGAGGCUCAAGGCUCUUAGAGCGGCCAAAGAGUAUCUGAGCACGCCGGACGACGGGCCCGUUCAGGAUGAGAACAAAGAAGAAGGUCCGGUCGAUGUUCAUGGUGACAGGAAAGUCGUGGCUGUUGAAGAAGACCCAAUAGAGCAAGCUGCUGCUGCACGCCGUGAGAGGAUUAAGGCUCUUAGGACAGCAAAAGAGCUUUUAGACAUGCCUGAUGAAGGUCCAGUGCACAACCAUAGCAAUGCAGAAGACUCUGAGGAAAAUGAAGAAGACAACAUUCCGAAUAUGAAGUUCAGAAACUACCUUCCUCAUGACAAACAGCUUCAAGAAGGCAAGGUGGCACCAGCUGUCUUACCCAAGUUUGAAGACCCUGUCGCUGCUGUGCCCUCAGCACCUGAGAAAAUUGAGGACCCUUUUGUAAAUAUUGCUCCAAAGAAGCCUAACUGGGAUCUCCGUAGAGAUGUGCAGAAGAAGCUAGACAAACUUGAAAGGCGCACGCAGAAAGCAAUAUACCAGCUCAUGCAAGAACAAGAAAAAGAGAAAGAGGCCCUGGAGGCAGAAAAUGGCGAGGCCGAAGACUAGUGGUGGGGCGUGGAAUUGAUUGGGGACUCGAGUAAUUGUCUCUAGAAUUCUGAAGUUUCAGAGGGAAAAUGGUGGGUAAAAGAGGGCACUUGCAGUGAGUGAUAUAUCAUGGAAACUUCUGUACUGGUUGACGGGGCUUGAAGAACAACAAUGUGGGGUUAAUUAGCAUGAGAUGCAGAUUCAGUGUAGUGCCUGUUGCAUGACAAAUGAAAGGACAGCACGCCGUUUUGUGCACCACGACGCUGAAACUUCCUGGUGUCCUUGGGCUUGUUAGUAUGACCAUACAUGGCAUCUUUACAUGGAUGGUGUCUCUAUUUAUGAAUAUGGGAUGGACAAGUUUGCAGAUGGGAAUGGAAGUGGAUUUCAUCCAUGUACGAGUAAAA